AUGCAGCUCUGUCUUAUUUUGAUUGCGACUGGUUGCGCUAUUAUUAAUGCCUCACCUAGCAAUAUGGCUAAGUUAAACGCUAUAAAGUUUCCGGAACACCAUGAUGAUGAUGUACCAGAACCAUGCAGAAAUCUCACCUAUUGCACGAUACCACCGAAAAAUUAUCCAUUUAAGGAGUUCAAUGAGAUGUUCAAAUUUUAUAAACCCGCCCCACAACCAAAGCUAGUGUUAUCACCGGUUAGUAUUAAUACUCGAGGAGAAUUUGAUGACGAUUGCGAAACGAAAAUAUCUUAUGAUCCCCUGUAUAAGGUGCGUGAAAAGCGUGGGAAUGAAUGGCGCAAUGUAAUACAAGCGUCUGAACACGACUAUAUACAGAGUGUUCGCUUGGAGACUUGCCAAAAAACGGAAGCGACAUGUUUCAGUCAUCUAGAGGAAUUACAGGACUCCUACUCAACCUUUUGCUUUCAAAAGUACAAUGUUUGGAAGGUGUUGGUGGAAAAACCGGGACAUGCACCAGAGGAGAUUGAGGCAGAGUUGCCAGUGUGCUGCUCUUGUCAUUAUAAAUCGAAGCAGCUGGUGUAA